AUGAAUGUCUUGUACGACAAGAACCAUUAUAAACUUGCUCUAGGUCAAAUUAACACAGCUCGUCAUCUUAUUGAGCAAGUAGCCAAAGAUUAUGUCCGGCUUAUCAAGUUUGGCGAUAGUCUUUACCGUUGCAAACAGCUUAAGCGUGCGGCUCUCGGUCGAAUGGCUACUAUAAUGCGUCGGAACAAAGACCCUCUUGCCUACCUUGAGCAGGUCCGCCAACAUAUCUCUCGUCUUCCAGCAAUUGACCCUAGCACAAGAACUUUGGUUGUCUGUGGUUAUCCUAAUGUUGGAAAGUCGAGUUUUUUGAACAAGGUGACGCGCGCUGAUGUGGACGUUCAGCCAUAUGCCUUCACUACAAAGUCUCUCUUUGUUGGUCAUAUGGAUUACAAGUAUCUUCGCUGGCAAGUAAUUGAUACACCAGGUAUAUUGGACCACCCAUUAGAAGAAAUGAAUACAAUUGAAAUGCAAGCCAUCACGGCACUUGCACAUUUGCGAGCAGCCGUCCUGUAUUUCAUGGAUCUGUCUGAGCAAUGUGGCUAUUCCAUUGAGGCUCAGAUUCAACUGUUUAAUAGCAUCAAGCCUCUUUUUGCUAACAAACCCACAUUCCUGGUAAUCAACAAAAUUGAUGUGGCAAGGCUGGAGGAUUUAGACGAUGAGAAAGCAAAUGAAAUCCGCAAUCUCGUGGAGGAGUCCGAUGGCAAGGUCCAAUUGAUGGAGAUCAGUACAUUCACCGAUCAGGGUAUCAUGGAUCUUAAACAUCAAGCUUGCGAAACGCUGCUGGCAACGCGUGUCGAGCGCAAGAUCAAGGGUCCGAAGGGUGAUAACAUUUUGAAUCGUCUACAUGUGGCAAAGCCGCAGCGUCGGGAUGACGUUGAACGGUUGCCCUUUAUUCCUGACUCGAUUCUCGAUGGAACCCGCAAAAAGUUUGAUAUGGAGGACCCGUCACGCCGUAAGACGGAGCGCGAUAUCCAAGAUGAACAAGGAGGUGCUGGCGUUCACAACAUUGACAUGAAGAAGAACUACCUCCUUGCCAAUGACGAAUGGAAAUAUGAUAAAAUUCCUGAGAUCUUUGAAGGCAAGAAUGUGGCAGACUUUAUCGAUCCCGACAUCGUCGAGUCCUUGGAGAAUCUUGAGCGUGAAGAAGAGAAGCUGGAGGCUGAAGGCUUUUACGAUGAGAGCGACGAAGAAGAAGACGAGGAAGACAAGGAGCUUCGCCAAGUCGCUGAAGCUAUCAAGCAGCGUCAAGCUAAGGCAAAAGCCCAAGCACAGGACAAGAAGGCGCUCCAGAGUCGGGCGCAAAUCCCCCGCAAGUUUCAGCAUCGCACGCUGUCUCAGAUGGCUGAAAAUAUGCGCGCCGCUGGUAUUGACCCAAGCAACGUGGAAAUGCGUGCGGAGCUGCUGGCUAAAGCAAAGGGUCUUGUGGGUAAACGCAAGAAUCGUGUGGAAGAUGAGAUGGAUAUGGAAGAUGAUAAUCUCGAUGGCAUGAAUUCGGAUGAAAGUAUGGCUGUCGACGAGGAUGCGACAGACUCUGUGCCAUCACGCAAAAAGGUUCGUGCAGCUGCAACCAAGCAGGCACCGGCUCUCGCCCGUGGUAAGAGCUCGACUACUGCUUCAACAAACCGUGAAGGUGGACUCAUUACAUCUCGUGCUGGUGCAGCCCGUAUCCCUGCACGCAACAGGCAAGCGGAAGGUCUCCGAGGCAAGGACCAGGAAAUGAAGGCGCGGAGCUUGCAUGAAAUGAGCCUUCGCGAUCGGAAUCGUGAAGCUCGUGCUGGUGAAUCUGAUCGUCGGAUCCAGGAAUCAAAGCCAAAAUGGCUCUUUGCUGGUAAGCGCAGCAAUGGUACUACACGUAGUCGUUGA